CAUAGACGAUCACCGAUGUGGAAACGUGUUUAGUUCAUCCUUGUCGAAACAAGCUUAACAACCAACUUCACCUUUUAUAGGAAAACAUGGACAUAUACGCCAAAGACAUAAAGAAACCCAAGCCAGCGUUGUUCUGUAACAUAAAGGUCUUUGUGUUGUGUCAUGGCCUGCUCCAGCUCACUCAGCUCUUGUAUAGCUCUUACUUCAAGAGCACCAUCACCACAAUCGAGAGACGCUAUGGCCUGGACAGUUUCUCCUCAGGAACCAUCUCUUCCCUCCACGAGGUAGGGAACACAGUGCUUAUAGCGUUUGUUAGUUACAUGGGUAGUCGGGUUCACCGACCUCGAUUCAUUGGACUGGGCGGCCUGCUAAUGUCCAUCAGUGCCAUGAUCUUAGCUCUACCUCACUUCCUGUCUCAGCCCUACACCUUUGACUCUGUCCUGCAUGCGAGCAAGCAGGACAUGUGUUAUUUGCGUGCGAAUGCAACGGGUGCUGAGGCUUGUGGUCAGGAGGAUUCACGGAAGCUUGUGGACACCAGUCAAUUUUGGGUGUUGAUGGCUACGGCCCAGCUGCUGUUUGGAGUUGGUUCUGUCCCCAUCCAACCUUUUGGAAUAUCUUAUAUAGAUGACUUUGCAGGAGUUGGGAAUUCUGCUCUAUAUAUUGCUAUUCUCUUUGCUGUGUCAGUGUUUGGGCCGUCCUUUGGAUACCUUCUGGGCUCUGUGGUUUUGCGGAUUUAUGUGGAUGUGGACAGAGCCAGCACAGGGGAGGCAUUGGAGUUGACCCCUACUGACCCUCGAUGGGUCGGUGCAUGGUGGAUGGGUCUGCUCAUCACUUCUGGAGGUCUUGCUCUCACCUCAAUCCCUUACUUCUUCUUUCCCAGAACACUUCAUGUAGAGAAGCCUUUUGAAUUGGAAGGUGACAUCAUAAAAGAAGACCCCACGAAGACAGAGGGCUCCAUGCUGGAUUUCUUUAAAAUGUUCCCUAAGAUGUUCGUUAGGCUGCUGCUGAGUCCUGUCUUCAUGCUGCUGGUUCUGACCCAAUGCUGUUUCUCCUCCGUAAUCGCUGGACUUGCCACCUUCCUCAACAAAUUUCUCGAGCGGCAGUACAGUACCUCUGUGGCCUACAGCAGCCUUCUUAUUGGUGCUUUAAACCUGCCGUCCAUUGCUGUGGGGAUGGUGCUCGGGGGUCUGAUCAUGAAACGCUGGGGGUUGUCGUUCAGAGCCAUUCCACGCUUCUCUGUUGUAAUGCUCACCAUCUCCAUCUUCUGCUGUAUACCCCUCUUCUUCAUGGGCUGCCCCACACAAGAUGUUGCUGGUGUUUAUGGCAUUAAUGGGCCUCAACCGUCCUGUGGUGCCAAUUGCUCCUGUCCCAGCAGCGCCUUUAACCCAGUGUGUGGGGAAAACAACAUUGAAUACAUCUCACCCUGCCAUGCUGGCUGCACAAACUUCACCAUGGAUCCCAAAAACCCAUAUAGAGUCCAGAUUUAUAGUAACUGCCAGUGUAUUCCUGGUGUGGCCACAGCCAAGCCUGGCCCUUGUGCCAACACCUGCCCUCACUAUCUCCUGCCUGUAAUGCUCCUUAUAUCUGUGGCCGGACUUAUUGCCAGCCUAACACACAAUCCCAUCUACAUGAUGGUGCUGAGGUCAGUUCCUUCAGAAGAGAAGUCCUUUGCCAUUGGGGUUCAAUUUCUGCUUCUGAGGGUUCUGACCUGGCUGCCAGCUCCAGCUCUGUUUGGGAUGACCAUAGACUCCACGUGCAUCUGGUGGAAAACUGCUUGUGGGAAAAAGCAAGGAUGUGGUUACUAUGACAACAACCUCCUUAGAAACAGGUUUCUAGGACUGCAGGUGGGCUAUAAGACGUUAGGCAUUGCGAUCCUGACAUUUAUUGGCUGGAAAAUGCAGCGGACCAGAGAGUACAGCUUAGAGAAUAAGCCAGAGGGACCCCUGUGAUGCCUCACCUCUGCUUAACCCAUCGCAGCUCACUUUUGAGAACCUCCUCAGUGAAUUGAGCCCCUGGAUAUUUCUUGUCAGAAACCCCUCCUUCCAACACCUGUCUGGAAAUGUGAUGAAUUCAGUUUGGACAUUUCUCAAGUUGUACACUAACUUCUUGGGUAUUUAUUUCCAUCUGCAUGUAAGUGGGGCCAUAACUGGACAGAUUCAGGGAUUUUCCACCUUCACAGUUAUUUUGGUAGUAAUAAUUAACUACAUAUAGUGCUCAAAAAAUUUAUCAUACUUAUAGCAACAGUUCUCAUCAACAGGUUAUUUAGGAUUUAGGAUUGUGGCACCUUUGGGGAGGUCACAAAACUUAAGAGAAAUGUCUAUAUAUUGUCCUUAUCAUUGGUUAAGACACAAUUUGAUGAUGAUUCAAAAUUUUUUUUUUUUUUUUUUUUUUGGGUCCAUUUGUAUUUGAACUAUGUGAAGGAUGUGGGGUGCUCUUUAUAACCUAAUGCACACAGAUACACGAGUGUGUCGAAUAUCAAAUUGUGUGUGAGUAGAGGUGUGUAGCUUCAAAUAAUGAUAGUAGCCUGAGCAUAUUUAAAAUGUUACUUUCAAAUGUGAAGACAUUUUGAAAAUAAGCAUCAGAUGUUUGUAAAAUAUAUUUUUAUACCUGAUAUUGCUGUUUUAUUAUACACUUUGUGCAUACUUUUUUUUUUUGGCCACGGUUCUUAAUACAAAUGACAACAUUCUUUUCUUAUUGCUGCUUGGAGUAAUGAAUCGUGACUUUCUGAUAAGUCUUUAUUAUUCAGUAUGUAACAUUUACUUACCAAUGUAUAAGUUAUUUCAAAUAUAAAAAUUUGUUCACAAUUUGUUGCUUUUUU